CUCCGAAAUACUAACAAUCAUCUCAUAAAGACACAAUGACGUAGGGAUCGAAGCGUUUUUCCCCACUGCGCGCUGCUGCUCUUCCCUCACGGGAAAAGCUUCUGCCCAAAAUGGAGCUUCCUUCCCAAAUAUUUCCUACACAAUACUGUUUUAAUCAUACUGGAGAUGGGAUAGUUCGCAUCCCUUUUCCUCCGAAAUUUUUUCCGCAAAUCAAUUUCGUCUGAUUCUUUCAUGUACUUGUUCUUGUGAAAAAGCGUGGUGAUAUUCAUAUAUUGUUGCUUAUUAUACAAAUUUAAUCGAAUUGCCCUGUUCCCUUCUUUGUGUUUUUAUGUUAUUUGGGGAACCCGAUUGAGCAUCGAAGUUAAUGAUUGAAGGGCAAUCGGCGGAAUUGCUGUUUAGGGUUUUAGAGGACACGCUGUGAUUUUUGCGGAGUGCAGUGAUGGAGGGAGACGACCGCACAUUUAGGGUUGAUUUCUCAAGUGAAGGCGUGUUGAGGCUUCGCGAGGGUGUUAAGGAGAAGCUCAAGGAAUUCAUGGGUGACUACACGGACGAUACUCUUGUGGAAUAUGUGAUAGUCCUGCUAAAAAAUGGUAGGCGUAAGGAUGAAGCAAAAAGUGAGUUAAUUGUCUUUUUGGGGGAUGACAGCGGCUCUUUUGUAACUUGGCUCUGGGACCAUUUAGGAUCUAAUUUAAGUCUAUACAUGCAACCACAAGAGCUUCAGUCAGAUGGAGUCUCAGAAAGAAAACCUACAGCAGGGGAGCAGGCUGGAAAAACUGAUGCACAUCAGAUUGAAUCUGACGCUGAGAAAGCAGAUUCUAAUAAAACAUCUGGACACCAUCAAAAUCGGGACCACAAAGGAUCAGUGAGGGAUGGGGAUGAAAAUGAAGGCCCCCUUCCUAACAACCCUGUGUCUGACAAUGUAAAUUCCCAGGAUGAACCUCAUAAGAAAGUUGGUCAAACUAAACCAUCUCUUUCGCCUCGGUCAACAAUUCAGAAGAAAAGAAUGCGAACUGAGGAGAAACACCUGAGGAAGAGGGAAUUUUCUGAGUCAACCAUUAGUGCACCAAGAAGGCUACUGCAAUUUGCUGUACGGGAUGCUGUUGCUACUUCUAGACCAUCCAAUUCAACAGCAGAGCCUUCACUCAAACGCUUGCGAUCUGUGGUUUCUGCAUCAACAGGGGAUUCAUCCCUGGAAGAGCGACCCCAGAGAAUUCAACAUACUUCCAUGUCUGCUGCUAUUAAAGCUAUCACAGAAGCUGUCAAGGAUGUGAGCAAAGCUAGACCUUCACGCAAUGUGUUUGAUAGGCUUGGUCGUGCUACUGAUGUUGCACACACUACCACUUCCCAAGAAUAUGGAACUGUUGCUGAGGAUGUGGGUGGUGGAGUUCUUGAUGGCGCAAUGGAGAACUUUCACUCGGCUUAUCAUCCACGAAAUUAUAGCAGUAUGGUGCAAGAAAAGCAUAUGCUAUCUUUUCAUGACUUUACCAUGGAUUUUAACUUGGGAUAUGCUGGAGAAGCUUAUGGUGAUGUUGAUGCAAGGGUACAAGAAGCUAAAGAUGUAUCUCAGUCAGGCACAUCUGGUGGGAAAUGGGUAGAGAACUCCCUAAUUUUCCAGUAUGGUGCUGGUGGUGAUGCUAAUGAAAGACUGCACGGACAACGUAAAUAUUUGGGUCAACCUGCAACUGUGCCUAAUGCAUCACUUAGAAUUGCUUCGUCUAUAGGCAUGAAUACCGGGAAACAUCCUCAAUAUCAGGAGGUAAGUGCGGAAUAUGAUAUGGAAUAUCGCAAAAUUGUGCAAGGUAGUGUUGGUGUGGCUGGUAAUUCUGAAGUGUGGUUGAUGAAGGAGAACAACAAUCCUGCAGUAGCUUUUAAUGAAAACGCGAAACCUGAUAAAGUUCCUCGACAAUACCAAAAGACAGAGAAACCAACCGGUUCACGUAAUACUGGUCUACCAAGAGAAGAUGCUGAUUCCAGGACUAUCUUUGUUAGCAAUGUUCAUUUUGCUGCCACCAAGGAUAGCCUUUCACUGCAUUUUAACAAGUUUGGAGAAGUCCUGAAAGUUAUUGUUUUAAGUGAUUCAACUACUGGGCAACCAAAAGGGUCAGCCUAUAUAGAAUUCAUGAGAAAAGAUGCAGCUGAACUUGCUUUAUCUUUGGAUGGCACCUCCUUUAUGUCCCGCAUUCUCAAGAUUGUAAGAAAAAGCUCUGCUCAACCUGAAGCUGCGUCUGUCGUGACAUGGCCUCGUAUCGCUCGAGCAUCUCCUUUUGAUGUUCCGAGAUUUGGCAGAGUUCCUUUUGCUAGAGGUAUACCCAGUUUAUACAGGGCUCGCAUGCCCAUCAAGCCUGGUGGGAGGAGUUUCCAGUGGAAGCGGGAGUGUGGCUCCACUGUGACUGAGGCCUCAGGUCAGACUUUCAACACUACUGCUACUCCACCAACUAUUCGUAGUCUCACAUAUGUUCGAACAGAACCCAAGACAAAUGGAAGUUCUGGCACUGCUUAGUCAAAUUAUUUUUUUCCAUCUGAAGCCCAAGUACCAUGCAGGGAAUUCUAAUUUCCAGGGUGCUAACCACUCUGGUGAGCUAUACCGCAAUUAUUGUCUGAUAUCGUUUUUGCUUGGUUGGAUAUAUAGGCCGAGUCUGGAGGUGCACAAGUUGAGGGAAAAUUUCCUUAUUUUGCUUCAUUUAGUAGAGAGCUAAGAUUGGGGGUCCAGGGCAUUAAGGGAACGUGCCGUAGUUAGUCACUUUUGUGCAGCAUACAAAGAAAAUUAUUGCUAGUUAUUGCUAUUUGUCAAUAGAGAUUGGAUGGGCUAUACACGUUAUCCCCUUGGGCAUUGUUUUUGCUUUGUUUCAUGAAUAUGAAAGUUUGGAAAGGGAAAAUGAAAGGGUAAGACAUAAUACUGCCUUUAUAUUGUUGUGUAAUCACAUUUCAGCCAUACAUUUGAGAGAUUCUGGUCUCAAGUGCUUGAGAGAUCAUGAAUUUGGUAAUGUUUGUUUUGAAUAUCUGGUAUCCGUGGAAUGGUUUCUGUGUUGCACUUCAA